AUGGUUUGUGAAAGCAACAUAUAUUCUAAUGAUUCUAUAAAGAAACCUUCUAUAAUAAUAAUAUUUUUUUUACAUAUACUAAUAUUUUCUUUAUUAAUUGAAAAUGUAACUAGUAUACCACAUAGAAUACAUGAACCAUGGAGUAUAAUUUUAUGUAAAUUUAAGGAUACAAAAAAUAUUACACCAAAAACAAGAGACUGGUAUGAAGAAUGGUUUGCUGGUGAUAAUCCAGAUAGUAUAAAAAAUUAUUUUAAAUGGUUGUCAAAUGGUAAUUAUGAUAUAUCUGGAUCACAAGUAAUUGGUUGGUAUGAUCUUCCAUGGACUAUAAAUGAAGUUUUAUAUAUAGCACAACAUGAUAAUGAAUUACAAAAUGGUGAUGAAAAAAGUUUUGCUUUUUAUGAUAAGGUAAAACAAUUAUGUAUACAGGAAGCUGAAAGAAGAGGAAAUAUAUUAUUUAAUCAAAAAAUUACUGUUAUAAAUGUUGGUUCAACAGCAUUAUAUGGAAAAAAAUAUGGUGUAUUAUUAACACCAGCAUUAAUGUUUUCAUCAGUCUUGACACAUGAAAUGGUUCAUUCAUUUUUUAUAGGACAUUCAUACUCUGAUAGAAAUGUUAAAAUUUUUCCAUUUUCACAACCAGGUGAAUAUGAUGAUAGGUAUGAUUUAAUGUCAACAGCUAAUGCUUAUAUGCAUAAAUCACGUUUUGGUAUGUCAGGUCCUGGAUUAAAUGGACCACAUUUAGAUUAUUUAGGUUGGUUACCAAUGGAUAGAAUGUUAUAUUUUGGUAAAGAUGGACGUCAAAAUUAUACCAUACGUCUAUCAUCACUUUCUAUUUCAUUUGAAAAAACACAUGGUUGGUUAUAUGUUAUGAUACCAUAUGAUAGAGAUGAUCCUAAUCUUGUUUAUACAGUUGAAUUAAAGACACCUAGUUAUUUUGAUAAAGGUAUUAAUCAACCAAGUAUUUUAAUUCAUAGAAUUCAAAAGACAGGAAAUUUUUAUUAUUCUGUACUUAUAAGUCAAGGUACUGAUUUUUAUGAAUUAACAGAAGGAACAGAAUGGGUUACAUUUAUAGGUAGUGAUUUAAAUGGAAAAUUUCAAUGGAUAAAAAUAUCUGUAAAAAAAAUUUAUAAUUUUGAUGCUGAUGUAACAAUUAUAUCAACUUUUGAUCCAGUAGUAUGUAGAAUUGAUGAAGAAAUGACAACAAUUAAUAUAAAAGAAAAUGAAUUAAAUUUAAAUAAUACAAUUAUAAAUAAUUCAACAUCUAUAUCAUUUUGUAAAUCAAAACGUAAAGAUUCAAAACAAAAUAUUAAUGAUUUAAUUAAAAAACAUAAAAUGAGAAUUGAUUUUUAUAAUAAAUUACAAACAUUUGGUUUAAAUGCAUGUAAAGAUGGAAAAGUUUGGAGAAGUAUAGAUGAUUAUGAUUAUGUAUGUGUUGAUUCUAGAAGAAAAGAUGAUGUUCGAUUUAAUCAAGAAAUUGCAAAUAAUAAUUUUGACUAUAAUGAUAUAUCAACAACAGAAACAAUUAUUAAUUUAAAAAAUGAUAAACGUGUAAAAAAAUCAGCUCAACCUUGUAGGCGACCUUUAGUUGAAAGAAAAGCUUUUUUAAAUGAUAAUCUUUGUGUAUCAGCACUUGAACAUAAAAGAAUUGCUCAAGAAAAUAAAAAUGCACAUAAAUAUUUAAAAAAUUAUGCCUUUUUUAAUGGUGCUGAUACUGUUGGUCCAUAA